AUGUCGGAUUUAGAUGACCUCGUUGGACAGCCGAUCUCGACGAAUUCUGCGUUCAAUUGGACGUGGUUCAUAGAACUCGUCACCUGUUCCUGCCUGUCGCUCUUCUUCCUUUUCUACUUCAAUCGGCUAUUUGCAACUCUGGUCUCCUACGGCCUGAGAGCGUUUACGUGGCAUAAAUACCGUGUAUGGAUAGAUAUACAGUCUCUCCAGCUAUCGUUCCUGGCUGGGAGAAUAUUCUUCAAAGGCCUUCGUUAUCAUGCUGAGAAUGAAACUGUCUUGAUUCAGAAUGGCUAUAUUACCUGGCGGUAUUGGCAACGGACAUCACGCCAAGUUGAUCUCACCUCUCUUCAAGGGCCUGAAGAAGAAAAUUUGAAGGAGAAACAAGGAUCGAUUAUAGAUGGUUCUGACGAGUCCGAACCACCAGUACAAGACCAAGAGCUCGGGCGUGCGAAAAGGGCGGACACCUCGGAAGCCCGACUAUCCAUUAACGUGUCGGGCCUGGAAUGGUUUGUGUACAACCGAACGCCGGUGUACGAUGCUAUCGUGAAGGAGGAGGUGCUACACGAAUCCAAGGGGAGUAGCUCGAGGGCAUAUACCCGUGGCCAUGAGUCUGAACCAUCAUCUGGAAGACUUCAUCAUCGCAAGGAGAAGACAAGAUCGUUGUCCAAGGAUGCUUCUACCAGUGGCGCCUCCGCCAGCGGGAUCCCUACUCAGAAGUCGGAUCGAAAUCUUGCUUCAGGAGAGCUUCCUGCUCCUCUUACAAGAGCCGAGACAGACACCAGUGCUGUCACAGAAAUUGACGAGCUUGCGGCUGAUGUCUCAUCUUUCUACUCCCUUAUCCUGCGAACGCUCCCCGUUGCAAUUGAAUGCUCUAAAGGUGCCAUUACUCUUGGAAACGAAAACACAAGAGCCAUUGUUGUGGCCACUUUUACCUCUGCCAAGGGUCAUAUUGAUGCCGCUGCUGCAGGUCCGUCCGACAUAUUUCGACAAAUUUUCGAUUUCGACAUCGAUCAUCCUAAAGUUGAGAUGAAACCUAAUCCUGAUUUUCGUAGAUCUCAGCUUGCCGCUGCCGAAAGAAUCAUAUCUGCUGCAGAGUCCACAACACACGCACAUCAUUGGUGGCAUGUCGAACUUGGGUUGAGUCGAAGAAUAGGCAAAGUUUUCCGUCGCAUGAGGCAUUUACUUCCGGGUCUGCGAAGUUCGCGAGGUUCAUUGAGAACUACUGCGUCUCACAACGGUGAGACCAAGUCUCACUACAUGUACGAUGAAUUCCAAGAAGAAAAUAGGUCGUGGCAUGGUCUUGGCCGGUAUAAGGAUGAGGAUGAACGAGAUGAUCACGAGGGAUGGAUCCAUGUGGACUAUGCGAGGUUCUCUCAAAUUCUCGACUGCCCAGCAAUUCAUUUGAACUUCUACUGGGAUAUUCCUGGGAAGGUUACAGAAGAACACGCCAGUCUCGGAGGGAAUUCAGAUGAUGAGGGGAUUAAUAUGUCGACUCCUCCCGCAUAUGGUCUAGAUCUGACUGUAAAAGGCGGUUACGUCAACUAUGGACCUUGGGCAGACCGGCUUCGAGUUGAACUUCAAGCCGCAUUUUUCCCAAAUCCGUACCAGUCGGCGUUGCCUGCAUCCACCCUCAAAGUCGGAGACUCACGACAAAGCACGGUAAUGACAAUUCGCGUUGACCUUGAGGAUGAAGUCAGCCUGCGGGUGCCCACGAGAGAAAGUUCAAAAGAUUGGCAGUGGAGAGGACGAGCAUACACGGUCAAAGAGGCUGCUGCGAUGCGCAAGCAACGAGAAAAGCGGCAUUUCCGUUUCCGCCGGUCCCAGAAGACCAAACUGGGCCCUGAUGUCCGACCGUUUGGAUGGCUGACCGUAUCAGCAGGAAAAGAUUCCACAGUUCGGUAUGAUAUGGACAUGGUUGCUCGAGAAGAUGGAUACCGAAAUCAACUGAGACUUGACCUCAAAGAGACGAAGGCCACUUCCAGUGUCAAUCAUGCCUUGCUCUGGCGUUGUCGCUCACAAAAAGUAUUGUGCAAUCUAUCGAAUCCUCUGGGAUGGAAUAACCUUCAUACUUGGAUCUUUGACGUCGAGAACGACUCUAUGGAAAUGUUUCUUUUGAGGGACCACAUGUUCCUGCUGACGGACUUGAUAAGCGACUUCACGGCUGGACAAAAGCCCGAUUAUAUGACCUUCGUCCCUUUCCUUUACCAACUACAUCUGACGUUUCCAGACCUGAAACUCUACCUCAAUGCAAACGACUACAACAUCAUUGACAACCCUUGCGACCUGGAGGAGAACGCAUUCCUGGUCCUGGGAUUUCAACAACUCGAUGGCAACGUGGACAUUCCCAUGCAAUUCUUUUCUCCCCGUCAAAACAGCGUCAGAUUUGUAGCCGAAGGCCACAAUGCAUCCUUGGAGUUGGCUACGCCUCUGUGGAACACACUGAAUACCCUGGCUGAGGACACGACAAUGGCUACUCUGAAGCGGCUCAAUCUGGAAGGGUCCUUCAACUAUUAUCCUCGUGUAUCUCCAAGCUUGACUGACUCCUUAUUUAUGACUAUUACUGGAUAUGCUCCGAAAUUCUUUCUGCAUGGCUACUUGAUUCGUUACUUCAUGAACGUCAAGGAGAACUACUUUGGAGAGUAUCUGCAUUUUCGAACUUUGGAGGAGUACCAAGACAUGCUUGCAGGCAAUGACAUUCAUGGAACACGCCCUGGAACGAAAAAAGAAAAUGAUCUCGAUGUCAUUCUCACUGUGCGGGCAGAUAGUUCCUGCGUGCUCAUGCCAGCUAAUAUCUAUUCACGGAGAGAAAAUCUUCGGAUAGACAUCCUACUUACUGAGGCAGAUAUGCGAUUCACCAAUUACUACAUGGACUUGCAGGUCAGCUCAAGUCCGUUGGAAGUGUCGAUCGAAUCGACACCUACCAACGAAAAUGGCACUUCUAGCGAUAUCACAAAUUGCCAGCUUUUCAUUGACGGAGCCGAGGUGUACGGCCAUCGACUUUUUGGAGCACCCCCCAUGGAGCCCACAUAUGCCGGUAACUGGGAUAUCAAUAUGGGGGCAACUACUGGCGAGUGUUCUUCCAAUUUUGUCCAGACACUGAUCAAUGCAAUAAUGGCGUUUAUCUACACCCUGGACGACUAUGAAAAUGCUCUCCCAGAAUUCAAAAAGUCAGUCGCCCAUGACGUUACGUUCCUCAGGGCCCAUGUCGCUGGCUUGCGUGUCUGGCUUGUGGCAGGGGGUGCUGCGUUCCUGGUCGAACUCUCCGAAUCCGAUGUCUCAUUCGGUGACUGGGCUGACUCCAACUUUGCGAAGACUUUGAGAGCCAGCGUACCACGGAUACUGGUUGCAGCUGUGGAUCACAAAUGUGCUCUCCGACAUCACGAGCGAGGAUCAGGAGCCAUUGAAACAUUUGCCUGUUUUCAGACAUGCCUACGUGUGGGAAGACUAGACAAAACAGACGAUCUUUCACACACCAGAGCUCUACAACAGCAGCAUAUACGAUAUCAUGAUCAGCGUACUCACCGUGCACAAUGGCUUUUGGGAGCUCAAAAGCAAUAUCCGAUAAAUCACAAAAAGCCUGAUUGGGCUCGUGAACCGCCCGCCAUGCCAGUACCUGCCAUGCCCGCACCAAUUGGUCGGGUUGAGAAAACUUCUUUCCCGGAAAUCAGAGAUCGGAAAGGUCGCAGACGAGGUCCCGACCGGAAGAGCUCCUUUUUGUCAUCCUCUUCCAUGUUAAGAGGACCAUCGUCAGAGAACAACAAUGCAGUUGGACGAUCACGUCGACCACCAGACAGAGAUAUUUACCAAUCAUCACCUCAUAUGACAUCCCUGGCACCGCCAUCUGACUGGUCCAGUGAGCAUCCUAACGGCCACAACAGACGAUUUACUUCUGGAGAGCGAGAUUCACAUCCAGCACUAGUUACCUUUGCUAGUCCCUGGGCGCCUCCGCAUUUUUCACUAUAUGAGGUCCAACCGGAUACUAGAAACAUGCCACGGUUAUCAAGUUCGCCAGGUCGCCGAGCUCCCAAGCUGACGCCACAGGACAGCCACGCAACUGAUUCCAAGACGGAUGAAUUCGAGAAUACUCCUCAUGAGGGCAUCAUAUUCAUGGUCGAAAAUGGUCUAACUGGUUUCUGCACCCCUGCCUUGUUCCUUUCGAUAGGAGAACUGAUAAAGGAAUUGAACAUGGACCAAGCCAUAGAUCAACUGGACAAGGUGCAAAUCACUGUAAUGAAAAGAAUUAUGGAGACCCAAAGGCACGAGGGCCAAGGCCACGUUAUGGACUUCGCAGUUCAGGUGCCCCUUGCACAUGUGAGAUUGAUUAAUAGCCUUCAAGGCGAGAGGGGCUCCCAACCGCCUUCGCAUGAUCAGUAUGAUGUCAAACUUGUCAGCACUCAAGUGAUAUUUCGCAACGUUCAUCCGCAGACUGAGGCUCGAUUCGACAAAAUUCUGCCCUAUGACCGGCUGGUGUAUGGUUCAGUCGAGAACUUGACCGUUUCCACCCAAGCUGAUGAGUUUAGCUCUGGAAAGGCUGCAGCCCAAGCCGAAGUUUCUCUCUCAAGUCUCGGCUUCUGGUUAUAUCUGAAAGAAGAGAUCAAUUCAAGAUUGCAGUUAAGCGAUUUCGAUGUCGUUCUGUGGGCAGAAAAUUUGGCUUGCAUGGCUGGUCUAAUACAGAGAACCGUCUCGAUGAUUGAUCGCAUUGCCGAUGCCAUCACAGAGGUGGAUCAGAGUUACAAAUCAAGGCAUCUCAUAUAUCAUCUCACCCAGGCGGGAUCUUCAGUCUCUGAUCCAAUUUUCUUGACCAAGCCUUCUUACGUUCUGAGAAGCGCCGACAAGCACGUUCGUCUAACUGAUUCCUGGAAGAUCAUAUCUCGACUCCGACAUAUCUUCUCUACCCUAGAGAAGGAGAAUGGAUGCGAGGCUUUCACCAAGUGCGACUGCAAGAAUCUCGAAUUGAAAGAUCCAGCUCGUCAGCAGGUCCUGUCCUCCUUUGAACAAUGGCGAGGGUGGGAUUAUGCUCGUGACAAAGUUCCGAUUAUGAGCACCUUGUUUGAGAAUCAUAGUGUUCGAACGCCUGAAAUAUUUGAAUCCAAACUUGCGACACAAGCAGAGAUUGUCAUUGGCAAAGUUGGAAUUAUAUUGGAUCCGGGGCCACGGCAGAGCGAUUUUGCUCUCCUGGGUCUUGAUUUCAACGUCACCAUACGCCCAACGAAUGCCUCGUCAAGGGCUGACAGCAUCAACCAGAAAGUCAUUCUGCAAGCUUAUCUAGCGGAUACUUCGUUCCAUCUCAAUUGGGCUUUGGUUGAGCUAGUCCGCCAGGUUAUAGAACUUGGCAAUCCUCUUGCAGUCCGGCCAACAAAGACCGAUUCGGUUGAUGAAGUCAAGUCAGACCACUCCGCAGCAAGGAGAUCAUUCACCGUUGCCGUAGGGAGCGAUGCCGCAUCUAUAUUCCUCACGACAUACAAUCUCAACCUCAAGUGGGGAGCCGAGAGCUUUCGAAGUGCGGUUUCAUUCGAUGUGGGAGGCUCUGGACCUACCAUUUCCUCCUUCACAGUCGCGGCAAAUACUGCUAUGGCUAAAUUUAAAGGUCACUCACGCACUCUAUUGAUGUGGCGACUUCGCUCGCCGAAACUAUACGGUUCAGUCUGGCCGCAAUUUCCUGCCGGGUCUCCUCAGCAAAAGACCGUGGUUCAACUGUGCGCAGCAUCUCACAGGUUCCGAUUUGAGAUGAAGGAAGAUCCUGUCAAUUUACUUACGGUUGUGGAUUCCGUUAUUCAAGAUGAAGUUCUUGAAAUUACAAAGCUUAUUGACCAGGUCCCGAGUGACGGUGACAAAUCGGCUGGACAAACUCCCACGUCGAGCGAUAGAUCGGACCUCGAUCUUCAUGUCGCUAUGUUCUUGGACGACUAUAGACUGAAUUUGACCGUGGUCCCUUCUCUACAUUAUGCAAUAUCGGGAAAUGUUGCCAGGACUUCAAUCCUGCCAAGCAAAGAUGGUGGCUUUGACAUCAAUUUCGACAUCAAAGAGCAUGAGCAUUCAUUUGAAGUCCCUCAGGGGGAUUCCAGGGGCAACAUGUCCAUUCUGCAGAUGCCUCCUAUCAAUGGGCGUCUAUCAGUGCGCCAAACGUCCUGUGUGAUAGCUGUCCGUGCUCGCACGACGGUAGAACAAAUAAAUCUCGAAGCCGCAGGUGUCAGGGCUUGCUUUGAUGCACUAAAUCAACCCGGUGUGAUACAAUUGAUACCAAAUGUGAAGAAAGCCGUCCAGCUGGUGCAAUCAUCUCUGGAUCACAUUAAUGGUGACAAGCCCAAGGCUCGAAAAGCCCAGUCAAGUGGAACUACGCUUCUGCUUCGCUUUGCGAUUCACGGGACACUGGCCGGGAUCAAAGUACACUUCAGUGCUCCAACUGUUCGCGAUGACCAGAACUAUCGUGCCGACGUGGAACUCAAGCUCGAAGGAACUUCACUGUUUAUCCACAAUGAGACAGAAAACCCUGACUCGAUUCACGAGCAGCCUCAAUUCAUCCUCAACUCACAAGGGAUUGGCCUAGGUGUCUAUCGAACCACCGAGUACGACAAAGUAAACCUUGGUAAAAUCUUAAUUGGUCUCAAGGCAUCAGGGAAGACAGAAAUCGAAGGGAAAGGUGGCAAAGUACAGGUCUACAGAGCGUGGAGUGAUGGAAUCAUGGUUGAUCUUUUUGAGGAAACUGCUACGCUUGCCGUCGACGUCGCAGCCUUCUUACAAGAACGGAUCAAAACCAUCAAACUUGCUGACGAUGAAGACAACAUUCGGCAACUUCGAAGAAUGACGGCUGCUGGUAUAACAGAUCGCUUGAAGCCGAAAGAACCGAUAGAGGCCGCUCUCGAAGUUGCGUCGACCGCCGAGUCAACCUCCUCAGCUAUUUAUGAUUCUACAUAUGCUCUCGACCUCGAGAACAUUCGCGUCCGGUGGAAUCUGACAAGAAGUUCUCUACUAUCUCCCACACGCGAGCUAGAAGAUCUAGUGUUCUCUAUUCGCAAGGUCGACUUUCAGACCAGGCAAGAAGGCACUGCUCGUCUUUCAAUCCUGGAUACACAACUGCAGAUUGUACCACAAUCUCAGUCAGAGCAUCCCACAGAACGAGCAGCCAAUUCCGCUCUUCUUCCCCAAGUUGUUUUCGGGACUGCCUAUCUCUCUACCCAACACGAUCGUCGUUUCGCAUUCCAAGCGAAAGGGAAGGCGUUGGACCUGCGACUUGCUGCUGACUUUGUCAUCCCAGCACACGCCCUGCAGAAGUCGCUUGCCAGUGCCAGUGGUGAGCUGCGUAACGCCAAAACUUUCUGCGGGACCAGUCCACAAACGCCUCAAGCGGCCGGUGUCGGUCUCUUGAGCGGCAAACGACUGGCAUCGCUUCUCGUAGACGCAGACUUUGCCGGUGCUGUGGUACAUAUCAGUCCUCGAGCAGAAAUGCAACACCAAAGCUCGGUGUUUGGAUUUUUGAAAGGUAAGAAACGAUCUCGUGCGGGUCGAUACGGGCAAGCUGUUCAAGGGGACGGUGUUUCUUCGGCCGUACUACAAGCUCCUGGUGUCGCUCUCAAAGUUGAGUACAAGGACAAUGGGCUGGAUGAUCCUUCGUUGAGCACGGAAGUCAAAGUUGCGGCCUCUUCCAACACCCUCUAUCCCACGGUUGUGCCUCUGAUACUAGAGAUAUCGGCCAGCAUCAAGGAAAUCUUGGGUGAUGAGAAGAUUGGGGACGGCGAACCUCAACCAGAAACCAGCCACUAUCUGUCGGAUGCCACUAUCAACCAUGCAAGUCCGACCGCCAUCUUGGGACGUUGCAAACUGAAUGGAGGCCUUUACAUCCAGCGACAGGAGUUUAGUCUUAGCUGCCAACCUAUCGCAAGGGUUGCUGCCACUGCAAGGUUUGCGGACAUUUUCGUCACGGUCAAUACGGUGUCAGCGCCUGACCAAGAGCGCUUCUUCGCGAUUCUGACGACAUCCAACAAACUGGAGGCGUCAGUUCAACAUGUUUAUUCCCGAGAAUCUACAGCCAGUUUUGAAGUAGAUUCCAUCGUCAUGUCCUUGAUGAACAGCAAACACGUCAGCGCCACAACGGGCAUUUCGGCCAUUCUAAAUAUCAGUCCUUUGAAAACCGACAUCAACGCAAAACAACUGCAGGACUUUCUUCUUUUCCGCGAGAUUUGGUACCCGGCUGAGCUACGCGGGGCCUCUAAGCCCAGUGCCCCUGUCAGCACGAUGCAAGAGCAGCAAGCAUAUGCAAUGCAGCGUUACCAAGAGCUUUCUGCGAAAGGUACACUGCCGUGGCAUGCCAUCAUAUCUACCGAAGAAAUCAAGCUACAGGUAGACCUUGGGCAAGGCUUAGGCAAGUCGUGCUUCACGAUCUCCAAACUAUGGGCAUCAUCCAAGAAGAACAAUGAUUCAGAACAAAAUCUGUGCAUCGGAUUUGACAGAGUGGGCAUUGACAGCACCGGGAGAAUGAGUGGGUUUAUUGAGCUAGAAAACAUGCAUGCUCGAACAUCCAUCAGAUGGCCGGAAGAUGUUACGGCGAAGUCGCAUGCCCCCUUGGUCCAGGCAUCCAUCGGAUUCGAGCACCUGCGAGUGAAGGCCGCCUUCGAUUACCAGCCGUUUGCUGUUGCCGAUAUCUCGUCGUUCGAAUUCCUGAUGUACAAUGUCCGCCAAGGUCACGGAAACGAUACGGAUCGACUUGUGGGCAUCGUCGACGGGGGCAAAGUGCAAGUAUUCUGCACCACUGCAACUGCAGCACAAGGCUUAGCGCUCGUACAAGCAUUUGAGAGGUUGGUACAAGAGAAGCAAGAGGCAUAUGAGACAGCACUACAUGAUUUGGACAAGUUCCUGCGACGAAAAUCUUUCUUCCCGUCGAACAACUGGACUGCACCGCCGCCUGACCCUCAACUCAAGGAGAAAUCUACGACGAAAGGUGCAUUUGCCCUGCACACGGACGUUGUCGUGACCCUUCAAGAAGUAGAUAUCGGUGCCUUUCCCAACACGUUCUUUGACAACCAGAUUCUCAAAGUGGAAGCCACUGAAGUGCAAGCACGAUUUGCGGUGGCGACGACAGAAGGAAAGACUCACAGUGGAUUGGGAAUGAGUCUCGGCCAAGUCCGAGUGGCUCUCUCAAACGUGAACCGAGCCACCACCCAGGCCUUAAUUGAGGUGUCUGUUCCUGAUGUGAUCGAAAGGGCGACUACGUCUCGUGGAGGCACAAUCAUGAAAGUCCCGCGACUUGUUUCGUCGAUGGAAACCUGGCAAGUGGCAGAUUCCAACACCAUCAAAUACACGUUCCGAAGCACAUUCGAGGGUAAAGUGGACGUGGGAUGGAACUAUGCGCGAAUCAGCUUCAUCCGCGGCAUGUGGCAAACGCAUUCGCAGGCCUUAGCCCAACGACUCGGAAAACCUCUACCGCCGUCCGCAGUCAAAAUCACGGCAGAGCCCCAGGGCGACGGCGAGAGCGGCGGACAAGAAAAGAUCACUGCUGUUGUCAAUGUUCCACAGUCCAAGUUUACUUAUGUUGCACUAGAGCCUCCUAUCAUUGAUACGCCUCAGCUUCGUGAUAUGGGCGAAGCCACGCCGCCGCUAGAGUGGAUCGGUUUGCACAGGGACAAGCUUCCAGAGGCGACGCAUUCGAUUGUGAUUGUCUCACUGCUGGAAAUUGCGAGGGAAGUGGAAGAUGCUUAUGCCAGGAUCCUUGGAGCGAGUUGA